AUGUAUAAAAGAGAGGUGGAGCAGAGCUGCCUUCGCCUUCUUCACCUCUGCAACUCUUUCUCCAAACUCACUCAAAUUCACGCAAGAAUCCUCAAGCUCGGUCUGCAAAACAACCCUUUACUCCUCACCAAAUUCACCUCCAUUUCUUCACGCCUAAACGCCAUCCACCACGCUUGUUCCUUCAUCUUCUCCCCACAAUCACAACCCCAUAACUACGACGCCUUCCUCUUCAACACCGUCAUCGCCGCUUUUGCGGAAUCCCCUCAUUUCAAGCGCAAUAGCAUAUUUCACUACAACAAAAUGCUAAUCAAUUCCGUCCAACCAAAUAACUACACCUACCCUUUUCUACUCAAGGCUUGCGCCGGCAUUCGUGACUUGAAUUUAGGGGAAUCCGUCCACGCAUCGGUUUUAAAGCUAGGGUUUCACAGCGAAACGCAUGUUUUGAAUGCAAUGCUUCACAUGUAUUGCUGCUGCGAAGACGGGAUUUGGUACGCAGAGAAGGUGUUCGACGAAAUGACUCACAGAAGUUCGGUUGCUUGGAACACGAUGAUAGGUGGGUAUGUGAGGAGGGGAAGCUCCGCCGCAGCGAUGAGAUUGUUUAGAUCAAUGCAGAUUGCCGGUGCGAGGCCGGACGAGAUCACGAUGGUGACGGUGCUAUCGGCCUGCGCUGAUCUCGGCGCCCUCGAGCUCGGGAGGUGGGUGGAAUCGUACGUCGAGAGGGCGGGUCUCGAGAUGGGGGAGAAGCUCUGCAACGCGCUGAUCGACAUGUUUGCAAAGUGCGGCGACGUCGACAGCGCAUUGAGGCUGUUCCACGGCAUGCCCCCGAGGAAGAGGACUAUUGUUUCUUGGACUUGUGUCAUUUCAGCUAUGGCGUUGCACGGCCGCGGGGAGGAGGCCGUGCAACUCUUCGAGGAGAUGAGACGGGCCGGGGUCGUCCCCGACAGCGUGGCCUUCCUCUGCCUGCUCACGGCGUGCAGCCACUCCGGGCUGGUCGAGGAGGGGAGGCGGUAUUUCGACUCAAUGGUGAGAGACUACUCGAUUUCUCCGAGGAUCGAGCACUACGGAUGUAUGGUGGACUUGCUUAGUAGAGCCGGAUUAACCGAAUGUGCGAUCGAGUUCAUCAACGCGAUGCCGAUGGCGCCAAAUCCGGCCGUGUGGAGAGCUUUGGUGUCGUCGUCUCAUGCUCGAGCUCACUUGCUUCUUGGCGAGAGAGUCGCGGCGGAUCUCAUCCGGGCCGAGCCCACGCAGGAGGCGAACUACGUGAUGCUCGCCUCCGUCUACGCGAAGCUGUCGGAUUGGGAGAAGAAAACCAGAGUGAGGGAGGCGAUGAGGGAGAAAGGGAUCAAGAAAAUCCCGGGAAGCACCAUGAUCGAGCUCGGUGAUGGGAUUUACGAGUUCGUUGCAGGCGAUAAAUCGCAUAAAGAGAAGGCGAAGAUUUACGAGAUGGUGGAGGAGAUGGAGAGGAAGAUGAGGGCGUUUGGAUAUGUGUCGACGACGAAUGAAGUGUUGCUUGACAUUGAAGAAGAGGAUAAAGAGGGGGCUUUGAAUAGGCAUAGUGAGAAGCUGGCUAUUGCGUUUGCGCUGCUUAAGACUAGGCCAAGAUCGAUGAUUAGGAUGGUGAAGAAUCUGAGGGUUUGUGGGGAUUGUCACUCUGCUACGAAACUCAUAUCUUUGAUAUAUGAGAGAGAGAUAGUAGUGAGAGAUAGGAACAGGUUUCAUCACUUUAAAGAUGGGCUCUGCUCCUGCAAAGAUUUCUGGUAAUGUGUAAUGCUAGUUUGGUGAUAAAGGCUGGUAUGUUUGAGUGGUCUAUCUUUAUGAAAGUAUAAUAAUUUUAGAAGCAAUUAACAAAAGAAAAGAAA